GAUAUACAUUUUGCAAUGACUCGUGUAAACAUUAUUAUGGCAAAAAGGGCCAGGGAGCUUCAAUGUCAUUAUGGAAGCACAAGUUUGUUUCAUUUAACUUCCUCUUCAAGGAGCAACGCCAUUGGUUGCCAGUUUCGGAUGCAGGGGAGACCUAAGCCAUGCCCAGCACAGUGGGCAAAACUCAAAAAGAAUCAUUCAAGUUCUGGUGGCGGCAAGGAGUGGACCACAGCAGUGCUCUCUUACAAUUUGAUAACUAUGGCGUUACUCGCAUACAUUUCACUUCUGUGUGCCUUUAUGUUUACGGUGACCUGGGCCACAACUUACAACGUGCCAUUCAGAAGUUGCGGAGAUGUUCCGGCUCCCAGUGAAAUGCGUAUCAACUGCAGCAGCUUGGAUAGAGGUUCCUGCAUGUUGAACAAGGGAGAGACCUACAUCAUUCACGCAAACUUCACUCCACGUAUCUCGUCAAAUGAUGUGGAGAGCAAAGUGUCAUGGCAUUUCUGGGUGGAUAUGCCACUGCCUAACCAAGAAUCUGAUGCCUGCAAUGGACACCUAAAGUGUCCACUAAGAAAAGAUGUUUCGACGACCUUCACGUAUCUUCUAAAAGUCCAGAACUUUUGGAUGAGGAGGCGGUACCCAAUUGUGUGGAGACUGAUGGAUGACGACACAGAUGCCCAAAUUCUUUGCUUCAGGUUCAGUAUACAUAUACUCUAGAACAUCUUAAGAAUAGAGGAAGUCUGUUAAACGUCUUAUUUUAGAUGUCCAUCGAUGACUGCAGCAUCGAAAUUAUAUAGGAAAGUUUUGUCUGCCCCAUGUUACCUGGCUUGCCAUUUCUUGCCCAGUUCUUGGGUAAAUGGUCAACAUUUUAUGAAUAAGACAAUGUAAACUGAGUUUUUAGUGUAAAUACCAGAGUAUAGUCUAAUAGUUUCAACUAAUGCCGUAUUUUGCAUCAUUAAAGAUAUGCAAAAUUAGAUUAACAAUGUUGACAGAUUCUGAUUUUAUCAUUAUGUAAAUGUUAACUGUAUUAAUAGGCAUUUUGGAAGAACUAUUUAGAUGAAAAAUGUGGCGACCAAUUACAAAAUGACAAGUUACUUGACAUGGAUUGCAGAACUGGUACCAGUGAUUCACCGUACUCGUACUGUACAUCCAACACCAUCUUUCCAGACUAAAUCGUUAAUGUACUCGGUUAGAUCUUCUGUUUCAAAACAAUGUAAGUCUUGAUUCAUAUGUGAAUGUAAUGUCGAGGCAGCUAAUGAUCACGUGUUUGUAAAUUGCAUUCGGAUAAAAACGUCUAGUGCAAAGAUUUUAAUUGUUCAGUGUACAUCUAAAGGUUUAUUGAUGAAAUCUCAAAGAUUGAGACUUAAUUUAAAAUAUUUAAUUUUUUAAAACUAUACAGUAUUUGAAUACAAUUUACUAUAGGGUUUUACGUAGUUGUAAACAAUAAAUUAUUUUAAGAUUAGAUUGUAGAUGUUUAAGAAAGAACUUGUACAAACUUUCCUUUUUUUUUUUUUUUAGUUAUCCACUAUAUAUUUUCUUGUAGCAGAUUAAAAUUCUUUUAUAAUAGAAGUCGGGUUUCUUUCAAAUGAAUACAGAAACGGUACUUCAUAAAAGGCUCGUGUAAACAUGUGUUAAAUUUAUUUCUACUCUAACUGCUAUAUUAGCCAUUGAAGUUUGUUGACCAGACCACACUAGAAGGUGAAGGGACGACGACGUUUCGGUCCGUCCUGGACCAUUCUUAACUAGAUUGUUUUCACUGAAUUUCUUAGACAAGCUAGGGUCUAGAUUUUAACUUUAAAUUACCGAAUUCAAUUUUUAUUAUGCACCCCAUUACCAUCCCGUGGUGUAAAGGGUUAGAGGCACAUAAUUGAUUCAGGAACUGAACCCCCGAGUUCGUUUAGCUAAGCAAAUAACGACGCUAGUUACACAAUUAUUAUAUAUACUCUUACACAUACUCAUACAUGUAAAUUACCAAAGAGGGCAUAAUUGUCAUAACAAAUAAAAAUGAUAAAGGA